CUGUCGAAAUUUUCGUUGAGCAUCGAAAUGGCUGUCGAACAGAAUUUACCUAUCGACAGCGUAGCGUAGUGAAUGGAAAUUUGUGAAAAUGUCGAAAGUCGUGAGCACUAAACAGCAGUUGGAAAAACUGGUAGCUUUAAUGGAAGAAAAUCCACAAUUUGCAAGAGGGAUUUGCACCAAAGUUCAGGCGGCAACAAAAUGGGAGGGAUUUGCUUUGGAGCUGAACUGUUUGGGUCCACCAACUAGACCAGCGGCAAAGUGGAUGAAGGUAUGGGCUGAUAUGAAGUCAAAGACAAAGAAAAAACUGUCGCAAAACAAAGCGGAGUACAGAGCAACAGGCGGAGGUACUAACAGGCUGCAGGGAUUUUCUAAUACUGAAGAGAGUAUUAUUGGCUUACUUGAGUUUGAUGCCUGCAUAAACCCGCCGGGAGCUGAAUUUGGUCUGGAUAUAAGUGGCGAUGUUGAACCACAACUUCCAGCUUCACCAAAUCCCACCCCACAUCCUCAGGCUGAAGAAAGUGAAGUGGAGUUUCAUUCUGAGGCUCACGAGCCUCCAGCACGCAAAACGCGGCCAAUUAAAAAAUGCAACAAGGCAGAGAGGCUGAGGUUACUGGACUCCCAGACAAAUGCCCAGAAACAGUACUACAAAGAAAUGGUCUCCACUUUAGGGGUCAUACGAAAAUGUGCUGAAGAAAAAGUGGAAUACCUAAAGAAACAGUAUGAACUGGAUAAAAACGCAACAGAGGUAAUGCUACAGCUGAAAAUGGAAAAAUUGCGGAUCUAA